AAUAGAAUGGAAGGGUGGAGAUCGCAUUUCGGCGAGUCAAAUGCAACUUGAAGGGGGUUUUUUGAUCAGCAAAAGAGAAAGAGAGCCAAGCGAAAAUCGGGACGAUAGCCAAAGUUCGUCAAGCAAUUAUAGAAUUGGAUUCGAUCGUAGCGUUCGACGAGAAGAGAAGAGAGCUCAGCUCACGAAGAUUCGUUUUAUUUUAGCUUAGCUUUCGAAGGCAUCCGGUUGUACAUUCUCCUCGCGGAUCAUCGCUUCAACGAAAACAGGUUGAAGGGGCGUCGUUCUGAAGCUUCUGCCUGUGGGAAACAACAUAAAGAGAAAAAACUAUGGAGGCGAUUAAGAAAAAUAUUGCAGCGUUGAAAAAGGAAUUGGACGGUGCUAAUGAAACAGUGGAUACAAAUGAAGUAAAAGCAAAACAAGAAAAUUUACGAGCCGAUACAUUAUUCGAUGAAGUGCGUGAUUUAGAAAAGAAACUCAUUCAAAUGGAACAUGAUUUUGAAACGAUUAAAACGACUUUCGAUACAUCUUCCGCGGAAUUAGAACAAUGUGAAAAACAAUUCACUAAAGCAGAACAAGAUCGAACAAUGCUGACAAAAAGAGUCCAGGAUAUAGAGGAACAACUUCAAAAAAAGGAAGAAUAUCGUGACUCUGCAACAAUCAAAUUAGUACGAGCAUCAGAACUUGCUGACGAUGCUAAAAGAAUGUGUAAAGUAUUGGAGGAGAGAAGUAAGGCGGACGAGGAGAGAACUGAAAAAUUGACGAGUGAUUUAAAAGACGCGAGACUAAUUGCUGAGGACGCCGAUACAAAAUCUGAGGAAGCUCAGACGAAACUCCAAUUGGUUGAGGAAGAACUGGAAUCAGCGGAGGAGAGAGUCAAGACUAGCGAAGCGAAAAUUAUUGAACGUGAAGAUGAACUUUUUAUCGUUAAAAAUAUCGUCAAGUCACUUGAAGUUUCCGAACAAAAGGCCAAUCGUCGAGUGGAGGAAUUCAAAUUGGAAUUGAAAAAUUUGAAAAUGAGUUUGAAAAUGGCAGAGAAACGAGCCGUUCACGCUGAAAGGACAGUGAAGCAAUUGAUGAAAGACGUGGACAGAAAAGAAGAUGAACUGAGAGAAGAGAAGGAAAAAUACAGAGCGAUGUGCGAUGAUCUUGAUUUGACCUACGCCGAAAUGACGGGAUUCUAGGCCACUUGAAACUUAAGAUUACUUCUUUUUUUUACUCUUGCGCUUCUUUUUUUUUGCGUUCGCUUCAUUAAAAAAAAAAAAAACAAAAUGAAAAUGCUAUUCGCUUUUUCUUCCAUAAAUGCUAUUUUUUGAUUUACAUUUUUUUCUGUUGCGAAAAAAAUUUACUUAUAAGUUUAAACAAAAAACCAAGAAAAAAAAAUUGCUUUGCACGAGAUUUUAUUUUUUCGCUUCAUUUCUUCGUUGUUAGCAUAUUUUAAUUUAUCGCUUCGCAUGAAAAUGAUAAUAACUUUCACUAUAUGAUCGAUGAGCGUCAAGAGUUCCUUUUUAUUUUUCAGGAAAUCACUAGCGGGAACUUUUUGACGUGUCACAAUAUUUUUUCGAGCUUAAGGUAUAGAAAAAUACAAACAAACAAAUAUUUCUUUUUCUCAUAGGAAAUUUAUCACUAGGUUUCUAAAAUGCUGUACGUAAAGCUGUAUUUUCAAAUAAACGCCAUUCAUGAAUCUCAA